AAAAAUUAAUGUUCAAACUCUAAAUUUGUACGCACAAGACAAUCAACACAUCUAUUUCUCUUUUUAUAGAUAUUUAUAAAAAAGAGGUUCCAGUUCCUAUUUUUUCAAUUGAAAAUGCUCUUGAUGAAUGCAUUUCGAUGGUUCUUUAAGUUGUUGGGAUUGUUGAUAAUAUCAAUCAUAGCCUUUGAAUCACAUUCAACAAUUAGCUUUUUUAUUCCCAUAGUCCAAGCCAUAUGUAAUUCCUGAUCUAUUCCUCAAAGUUCUAUCUUAAAGGCAGUACAGUCUCCAAUGUUAUAUGCAAAUCUCUUAAUCUAUUUGCUACAAUUAUUUUUGAGAAGGCCACCAUAUCCUACCUUUUUUUGUUGUUCUGUUUGAGAUGCCAUAUGUGUUUAGCGUUAUCCAUCCAGGAGGAGGGGGUGCCAUUUUAUGUUCACUUCGUUUCUUCUUCCCCUCAAAUUCUUACAGUUGUUCCUUUCAAAAGCUUCUCUUAUCUCCUUAACUUUUUUUAAAAUUUUCAAGUGGGAUUGGGGUAGUCUUCUGUAAUUUUGCUCAUAAGCCUUUCUAUUUCUUCAAAUCCAAUGCUUCCAAUAAGCAGUGAAGAAAAAAUCUUGCCAGUUCUGGUUUGGAUCCCUGUGAAGAGGCUGACGUAGAUUCAUUUUCACCCGAUCCUCAAAAUUGGUGCUGAAAAAACUUUGUAUCUUGCUUGGGUGGAUGACUUGUCUCCAUAUUGGUGCUAUUUUGAUGCAAUUUUUGACAGCGUGAGGAAGGUUCUCUUGCUCACCGAUGCAGAAAGGGCAAUCCCCUGUGCCUCCAAACAUUUUAGCCCUGCGCUGGUUGGUUAGAAGAUGAUUGUGAAGUAAUCUCCAAUUAAGAACCCUAGCUUUUUGGGUGCCUUUCCAUCACCAUAUCAUUGUCCACUUUGAAGAGAAAGGUUUUGACCACCGCCAAAGCUUUGUAGGUCACCCCUGUAGAGAAGUCAACAUCCUCCGUAUGUCUCUAGCCAACUCUAUCUACUCCGUUCUCUCUCUUGGGCAGGGGUUGCACCAUAAUUUUUUUGUGCUAUCUAAGUCUGAGUUGUUGUUGAUCGCAUGGUAGAUGAGGGGACCUAAUUCCUCCACCCAAUUAUCCAGCCAAAAUUUUGUUUUCAGACCAUCUCCCAGCAUCAUGUAGUCGUGUUUGUUGAAUUUCGACCAAAUCUUCACCAGUUCUUUUCACAGUUUUUCGGCUUGCUUUUCCUGAGAUUUGAUUUUGGCGUGCUCUGUUUCAAGGACCGCUUGUUGAUCGCUUUGCAUUUCAUCAUCUUCAGAGGAGAUGGAGUCAUCUUCUAUCUCUGGGUUGUUUCCCGCUACUAUGUUCGCAUAGGUUCUUUCUCUAGGAGCUUCUUCUUCAGGGUUCAUCUAUUCCUUGUUUCUUGGGAUGAGAGUGGUAGUUCCUAUUCCUGUGAAACCUAACUCUCCUUUCUUCACCUUCUUGAUACUUCUGCAAAGAAGGUCUUGCUCUUGUUGAUUCAGGUCAUCUUCGUUAAGUGCUCUUUCUAGUCUUCCUCCGCUGGGCAUGGUGGAAAAAAAUAAAAUGUUCUGCUGAUAAUAGCUAGUUUUUUUUUCGAAUAGGAAAAGAAGAUAUUGUAGAGGUGAAUUUAACUGUAUACUCAUUUGUAAUUUAUGUUGAAUUUAGCUGUCUUACCUAUUAGAUACCUCGGGAUUUCUUUAGGGACAAAUCUGCGCCUGGUGAAGACUUGAAAACUGAUCAUAGAUAAGGUGGAGGAGAACCUCAAUUUAUGGAAAGCAAAAGUUUUAAACAAAGCAGGUAAGCUUGUCCUAAUCAAAUCAGUGCUGAAUAGCUUACCAAUAUAUUACCUAAGUCUGUACAAGAUGUCGAAGGCAGUUGUGGACAAGCUGAUUGCUCUACAGAGGAGCUUUAUGUAGUGUAAGGGAGACGGUAAUUAUAGUAUCCAUUUAGUUAAGUGGGAGAUGGUUCAGCACUGAAAAAGGCUGGGGGCUUGAGGGUUGGGGAUGCAGUGCUUAGAAACUCAACGCUCUUGUUUAAGUGGUGGUGGCAGUUUUCAAAGGAGGAUUGCCCCUUGUGGAAGAAGAUUGUAUGUUCGUGUAACAAUUUGAACCAUAAUGUAAUGCUAGCAAAUCAGCCGUUACCAGUUAAAGGUGGGCCCUGGAAAGACAUCUGUCAAUUGAAUAUCAAAGAACAAAGGAUAAGAGAAAAAAUGGUUACUGGCCUGGGGAUGGAAGUAGGGAAUGGAAGAAGCACCCUGUUUUGGGAAGAUAACUGUUUGCAAGGUGGUCCGCUAAAAGCGAGUUUUCCAAAACUCUUCUCUAUUUCAAACCAACAAGGAUCUAUGAUAGGGGAUUGUGGGUUUUGGGAUGUGUUCGAGUGGAUAUGUAAUUUCCAGUGGAGAAGAGAGUUGUUCCAAUGGGAGCUGGAACUUGUCCAUCAGCUUCAAGAGAGGUUAAGGCCAGUGAAGUUAUCAACUGGUAAAAAGGAUAAUGUUGUUUGGAAGUUUGAUAAUAAAGGUGUUUUUUCUACUAAUUCUUUUAUGCAGGUCCUACAAUCGGAGACUCUGUUAGACGAGAUCACGAGCUAUAGUUUCACAAGUUCAAUUUGGAGAGGAGUGGUACCUCCGAGAAUUGAGAUUUUUAGUUGGUUUGUGCUAGUUGGUAGAGUUAAUACCAAAGAAAGGAUGACUAGAUUAGGCGUUAUUAUUCACAGUAAUAAUAUAUGUGUACUGUAUAAAAAGGAUUUAGAAUCUGUUCAACAUUUAUUUCUUCUAUAUGAGCUAACAUGGCAGGUGUGGUGCACUUGGUUGAGGUCUUUUGGUAGAGCUUGGACUAUUCCUGGAAUCAUGAUAGAACUAUUUGAGAGUUGGACUGGCAGGCACAAUCGAAAACAAGAGCAGAAGAUGUGGCUGACUAGGUUCUUUGCAGUGAUUUGGAACAUCUGGUUGGAACGUAAUGAUAGUAUUUUUAAUAAUAAGGAAGCAGGUGUUGAGAUCGUACAAAGGAGAACGUUUUUGAGCUAUAAAAAAUGGACUGGUAGUGAUCCUUUUGGUUGUUGAUGGCAAUGCCGGAAAUAACAGGGGAUUUAUGACUUUUGUAUGCAGUGCUGCAGUGAUCCUUUAGGUCCGCAACUUAUGCUAAGUAUCUCACCUGUUGUAUUGAUAGACAAAUUAAGAAAUAUCAAUUUUUUUGUCUUCUAUUGUAAAUGUGCACAUUUUUCAAUAAUAUGAAAAGAUUUUGACAUGUA